UGUUCACCAACGUCAUAAAACAAAGACGAAGAAGACGGUGGCUUCAGACAGCUAGCUUGUUAAUAGUAGCUCGGUUUUCUGCAUUUUUCUUGGUUAACAAAUGUUUUCACUUGUGAACUUUCUAUCGCCCAUCUAUGUCAAGAGCCUGUGCGUUUUAUCUGACACCGUUUGAUUUAAGACGAUGUCAGAGACCUGAACAACUUGCGCUCCUCAGCGUUCAGACUUCAUGUUUUCAUCUUUCCAGCUGAAGUAUUUUCUCUCAGGACAGACCGUCCUCAACACUCCUGUCCCUCUUUGAGUCACUGUUUACAUCUCCUGUCUUCCCUGACACCUUCUGUCUGCAGGAAACGCCCCAAGCGUUUCUCCACAGCUUCGCCCCAUCAUGUCUCACAAGUACCCAUACAGACAACCGGCUUCUAACUCUGACCUUGGACCUGAUCCUGGACAUUACAGGUCUUCAGACCUGCGUCACAUCUCCCCGGACCACGGCUUUUACAGGCCGCCUCAGGAGUCGUACUCCUCGUCUUACCCGUCGUCUUCCUCCUCCAGAGGCUCAGCUCAGUGGUCGCAGGACGGCGCUCUCAGCAUCCUGAGCAGCUGCGGUCUGGAGCCCAGCGACCUGUCUCUGCUGGCCGAGCUGCCCGAGGACGUCCUCACCGUGGAGUCCCUGCCUCGUGUCCUCAAACAGAUCAAAGGAAAGAGAGGGACCGUCGAACCUUUCCCUCCCAAUGCUCCAUUUCAAUGCUCUUCCUCUUCCUCCUCUUAUGCUCCCAUCUCCGCCCGUCGACCCCCCGUCAGCUCCUGCUCCGGAGACUGGGAUCGGCUCCACAGCCAGCCAGUACAGUACCCGCCGAACCGGGUAACUCGCAGUCCUCUUCCAUCUGAGCAAGUCCAGAACCACUGGGGGAAUCCCAGAACCAGCAGCUCUGUCAGAGAAGACCCACCACCACCAUCAUCAUCAUCAUCUUCUUCAUCAUCCAUCUACAUGGUGAACUUCCACCACAGACCAGGACCCUCUGAGUAUGGUAAGACAAGCAGAGCCCCUGGUCCAGUUUGCUCUCGGGACCAACCCUCUUUUGGGUCAGCAGGACGAGGAAAACAAACUCGCUCUUCCCUUUUCUCUGAGGCCAGAUCAGCCGGUUUCAGGUCAGUUCUUCCUCCUGAUGAGUACCCUCCAAAACCUUGGGGGGGACGCCUCAUGUCCGAAAACUCUUCCCUCGGGAGCAGGCGACACACUGCUGCUGCCGCCUUGAUGCCUUCCACGAAAGAGGCUCUGGACUUCCACGGGACGUCUCCACAGGUGUUCCCGUACUCGUGCUCUCUGUGUGAGAUCACUGUGCUGUCUGAGAGGGUUUGGAUCAAACACGUCAACGGCACUCAGCAUGCAGACGGACAGCUCAGCCUGCUGCAGAAGUUUCCUAAGUGGGACUGUCGUAUGGAGACAGUCAGGAGGGUCGACAGCCAAUCAGAGAAGUGGAAGGAUGAAGAAAAACCCGCCCGGCCACAGACAGCCAAUCAGAGUCAAAAGCCAGAGCCAAAUAAACAGCCCCAAAAGAAGACAUCCGAGAAAGGUAAAGUGGUGUGUGUGAAGUUUCCGGCUCAGUCUGUGGAUGAGACGUAUCUGAGGAAACUGACUGAACCGUUUGGAAAGAUCGUCAAGAUCCUCAUGUUUCCAUCUUUAGCGUUUGUGGAGCUGGGAUCCGUGGAUCAAGCGAAGGACUUGGUGAAGUUCCACGUUAACUAUCCUCCAACUGUGAAUGGCGAGCAGAUGGAGUUCAGGAUCUCCAACACCUUCAACUUCCUCCAGCAGAGUUCUCGGGUGGUGAGCUUCACUCCGGCUCCAACGGGAGAAGACGGCCAAUCAGAUCUGAUCAGCAUCGUCAAACGCUUCGGUCCGCCGCUCUACACCCUGUUCCUGCCGUCUAUAGCGUUUGUAGAGAUGAAAAACGCUCCUGAUGCUCAGAAGCUGGUUGAUUAUUAUUCUUCCAACACUCUGAGGAUCAACAGCGACUUCAUCAAAGUUUCCUUCUCUGGAGAAUACAAGAGCCUCACGCGGGUCGCGUCGGCCAAGAGGUACGAAGAGGAGACGUCCUCAACCAAGAGGACGAGGAGUCCGAGCCGAGAGAAAGAGGAGAAGACCACAGAAACCAAGAGGGGGAGGAGCGGCAGUAAAGAUGGAGCGGAGGAGAGGAUGGAGGAGGGAGGGAAAUCCAGCAGAGAGUCCACGUCCACAGACGAAUCAGGAGAAAAGCCCAGCAGAGAAAGGAGGGAGUCAAGGUCCAGGUCCAGGUCCACAGAUAAAUCCGGCAGCGGGUCCUCCGGGCAGAACGGGUGCAGAGAAAAGAUGGUGGAACCAGAGAAAACUGAGAAACCUGACACUGAGUCCAAACCUGGAACUGCAGAGACAGAACAGAGUGAAGAGGAAGCAGAGUCGUCUGCAGAGGAGAGCGACAUCGAGGGGAUGGAGGUGAUCGGAGAGGAUGGAGAGAAUCUGGAGGAUGAAGACAAGGAAACUCUGGAUGCUGCUGAUGUGGAGGAGGAGGAAGCUGCUGAGGAAAACGACCGUCCAGCGGAGAGAACUAACUCACCUGGAGAAGAGAAAGAAGAGGAGGUGAAGGAUGGAGAGACUGAUGAUCAGGAGAAACCUGUGAAGGAGCAGCAGCAGGAGGACUCAGAAACCCCCAGAGAGACAGAGGAGACAGCAAAGACAGCAGAGGCUCAGCUGGAGGACGACCAGGAGGAUCCAGAUUUCCCAGCAGACCUGGAGAACUGCAUCACUCUGGAUGAACUGGAAGAAGACCAGUCCGAUGACCAAGAGAGCAGAGUCGAACCCGAGUCUCCGUCCACCAGAGUUGUUUACUUCAGAAACCUGCCGCUUCAUUUCUACACCGACGCCGAGUUUGUCAAACUGGUCAAAGACUUUGGGAAGGCGGUGCGCUACCUGCUGAUCCGGCGACGGCGAGAGGGUUUCAUCGAGAUGGCGAGUUCUUCGGAGGCUCUGAGAGCGGCCAAAGAGCUCACCUGUAAAUCUGUCGCUUUCCACGGCUCCGAGUUCAGCGUCCACAUCUCCGACAAAUACAAGAGACUCGCCAACCGGUGGGAGGUUCAGUCGGACUGGGACGAGGGGAAGGGGAGCGAGUGCCAGAGUCAUAGCAGCAGGACGAGACCCGACAGACACGAGACCUGCAGGAAGUCUGAGGGGAGGAAAGAGUCAGGAUCCAAGAAGUCUCCAAAUAAGGAGUCCACAGAUAAGUCUUCAGAAAACGAGUCUGUCCCCAGAAAGACUCCGGAGAAAGAGCCAUCUGACAAAAAGACUCAACAGGACGUCAGAAACAUUUCAGGGAAGGACUCGGCCAGUGAAAGAAGUACAGACGAGGAGUCAGUGUCCAAAAAGACUGAAGAGAGGGACUCGGCUGCGAAAAAGACUCCAGGAAAGGAGUUGUUGCCAAAGACGAGUCCAGAAAACGAGAAGUUAAAGAGAAAAGGGACGAAUGAGAGCAACUUGGUACCUGGAAAAACCCCAAAGAAAGAGUUAGAACGUGAAAAGGUUCCAACAGAAAAGGAGCCGGUGGUGAAAGACUUUUCAGAAAAAGACGGAUCGGCUGAGCAGACUCCGCAGACGGAAGAGGCUGCAAGAAAAGAAAAGUCGGAGGAAACGUCUGAACCAGCAGUGCAGGCCUCAGAGAAGAGUCCAGAUCCAGCAGACUCUACCGGAGAUCCUCCAAAACCACAAACCCAACAGAAACCUGCUGCUGCUGAAUAUGUGGUCAAAUUGGAACAAACACCUGGACCUGCAGGGGGCGCUGCGGAGCCUGAGGAACCACCCAGACCUGUCGGAACAGAGUUUGUUCGGCCGGUCGUCGGUUAUUUCUGUAACCUGUGUCAGGUGAUCUACGCCGACGAGGACGAAGCCAAACUGCGGCACUGCAGCAGCCUGACGCACUACAGGAAGUACCAGGAGAAGAUGAGAUCUGUGGACGAGCUGAACUGAGACAACUGAAGAUCUGAUGUCGGUUGGGUGUUUUCGCUUGGACACGUCAGCAGAGUCGAGGGUUUAAAACCAGUUUCUGUGUCUGAGCCCUGACAAGAUGUGAAUGAUGUAAAUGUACAUUAAAGCUGCUGGAUUGUU